UUGGACAGCAGCAACGUUCAGUUUUCAACGCGGACACACUCAACCGGUUAGGAGUACAUCGUUAUUAAACAUUAUCUGUAUGAAAGGGGGACACAAAGGCACAGUAUGGUCCGGGAAACCAGACACCUAUGGGUUGGAAAUUUACCCGAAAAUGUACGAGAGGAAAAAAUUGUCGAACAUUUCAAACGGUAUGGACGGGUGGAGAGUGUCAAGAUUCUUCCCAAGCGCGGGUCAGAGGGUGGAGUCGCGGCCUUUGUGGAUUUCGUGGACAUUAAGAGCGCCCAGAAGGCCCACAACUCCAUCAACAAAAUGGGGGACAGAGACCUGCGCACCGAUUACAAUGAGCCGGGCACCAUCCCCAGCGCCGCCCGAGGCCUGGACGAUAGCCUGUCCUUAGGCACUCGUGCGCGGGACGUUUCUGGGUUCACAAGGGGGCCGGGGGGGCCGGUAUAUGUGCCCCCCACGUCCCUCCACAGCAGAGAGGGACGCUAUGAACGCAGACUAGACGGGGCUUCCGAUGGUCGGGAGCGUGCCUAUGAUCACAGUGCCUAUGGACACCAUGAGCGCGGCGGUAGCUUUGACCGGCAGCGCCACUACGACACAGACUAUUACCGCGACCCCAGGGACCGAGCGCUGGUGGGAGCCGGAGUGGGCUCUGGCCCCGCAGGAGGGGGGGGCAUUGGGGGUCCUGGAGGGGUUAGCGGAGGGGCGGGUGCUGGUGUUGGCGCAGCAGCAGGAGUAGUCAGCGGCGCUGGGGGCAGCGGAGGGCCCUCGUCGGUCGGGGUGGGUUACUAUGGGUCCCGUAGCCGGAGUCCCAGCCGGUUUGAAACGCCGGAGCGGCGCUACGAGGCCCGGGCGCGCGAGCGGGAGCCCUUCACCCUCGCCAGCGUGGUGCACCGCGACCUUUACCGCGAGGACAGGGGUCGCCGUGCCGACCGCACCUACCACCACAGCCGCAGCCGCUCGCCGCACUCGUCCCAGUCACGCAACCCCUCGCCGCAGCGGCUGCCCAGCCAGAGCUCCAGAGCGCCUCGCUCCCCCAGCGGCUCCGGCUCCCGCAGCCGGUCCUCCAGCUCCGACUCCGUCAGCAGCACCAGCAGCAGCAGCAGUGGCAGCAGUGAUUCCAGCAGCAGCUCCAGUGACGACUCCCCGGCCCGCUCCGUUCAGUCUGCCGCGGUCCCGGCCCCACCCUCCCUGCCCCCGCCAGUCCUGGACAAGGACGAACCCCGCAAAAGCUUCGGCAUCAAGGUCCAGAACCUGCCAGUGCGUUCCACAGAUACAAGCCUGAAAGAUGGCCUAUUCCACGAGUUUAAGAAAUACGGCAAAGUGACGUCGGUGCAGAUCCACGGGGCAUCCGAGGAACGGUAUGGCCUGGUGUUCUUCCGCCAGCAGGAAGACCAGGAGAAGGCACUCGGUGCAUCCAAGGGGAAGCUUUUCUUUGGGAUGCAGAUUGAGGUCACCGCCUGGAAUGGACCAGAGACUGAGAGUGAGAAUGAGUUUCGCCCACUGGAUGAGCGGAUAGACGAGUUCCACCCAAAGGCCACACGAACCCUGUUCAUUGGGAACUUGGAGAAGACCACCAGCUACCAUGACCUUCUCAACAUUUUUCAGCGCUUUGGGGAGAUUGUGGACAUUGACAUUAAAAAAGUAAAUGGGGCUCCCCAGUAUGCUUUCCUACAGUACUGUGACAUCGCCAGUGUCUGCAAGGCCAUCAAGAAAAUGGAUGGGGAGUACCUGGGUAACAAUCGGCUAAAGCUGGGGUUUGGAAAGAGCAUGCCCACGACAUGUGUUUGGCUUGACGGCUUGGCCUCCAACAUAACUGAGCAGUACCUUACUCGUCACUUCUGUCGCUAUGGACAUGUGUUAAAGGUUGUCUUUGACAGACUGAAAGGGAUGGCCCUCAUCUUGUACAACAACAUAGAGUAUGCACAGGCAGCUGUCAAAGAAACCAAGGGCUGGAAGAUUGGGGGAAACAAAAUCAAGGUGGACUUUGCCAACCAGGAGAGUCAGGUUGCAUUCUAUCGCUCAAUGCAAGCAUCAGGGCAGGACAUCGGCAGAGAUUUCUAUGAAAUCCCACCUGAGCGAAGAGAUGAACGCAGACCACCAUACCAUGAAUAUUCAGCAGAUCGAGCGUACUACGAGAAUAUGAGGGCACAGGGCAAUUAUGUGGAAGAUCCUCGCCGCGAGUAUGUUGCCCGCAGUAGGGAAUUUUAUCCAGAAUGGGACCCCUACCAAGGCGACUACUAUGACCCACGCUAUUUUGAUGACCCGCACGAGUACAGGGACUACCGUGACCCUUAUGAGCAGGACAUCCGCAAAUACAGUUACCUGCAACGGGAAAGGGAGAGGGAGAGAGAACGGUUUGAGACGGACCGUGAACGAGACCAUGGUCGGCGCACCAUUGAAAGGAGCCAGAGCCCGUCCCACCCCCGACACCCAGCCACACCCACUGCCUCUCCAUCCCCAUCUGAGCGCAUGCCCAGUGACUCUGAUCGGCGCAUCUACAGCCGCUCCUCUGAGGGAAGUGGCAGCUGUAGCUCUAUAUCAUCUCCACGUUAUGAGAAGUCUGACAAGAUGAGGCCAGACCGCUAUAGCAAGAGUGAAAAGCCUGAGAAAGAUCGACCGCUAUUUGAAGUGGAACGCGGCAGUGUGGGUGAGAAGGACAAACGAGCUUGCCGCAAGGAAAAGACUGACAAGGAGAAAGUGAAGUUAAGGAAAGUGAAGGUGCCAUCUCCCAGCAUCCCCUCCUCUGAAACAGAUCCUGACUUAGACCGAGAGGCCAGCCCAGAUGCAGUUACGCGAUGCAAAGGUGGCAAGCUUUUAGCUAAGGACAAGGACAGCUCAAGCAAGGCCCGUCUUGAUUUACUUCCUUGUGUCGUGCAGCUUACACGUGUCAAGGAGAAAGAGGGGAAACUCAUGGAUCAAUCUGGGUCAGAAAAGCAGAGGCAGAAAGGUGAAAAUGACACUGUCCGUUCUCCAACUCUGCCCCCGCCUGCCUCAGCUGAUCCAAAGGCUGUGCUCUCCCGGCUGGAGCUCCCAAAAGGAGAACCCCUAAAGCAGGGGAAAGUUGCCAAGGAAAAGGGUGUAUCAAGCCAAGUGGAGGUUGUGGACAAGGAAGGCAAGGCAAAACCAAAGAAGCACCUAAAAUCGGAACCUGGAAAUGAUAACUCUUCUGCGGAUAUUGACAAGCUGGCUGCACGAAAGCGGCGCUUUGGAGAAUCUAGUGGGAAGUCUGAUCGGCCUAAGAGGACCAGCCAAGAGGAAGAGGAGGGGAGGUUUGGCCUUAAGAAACUGCCAGAUAUUGCAGCCACUAAUGCAUUGGCUAAAGAAAAUGAAGGGGACAGGAAAGUAGUGCGGAAAGACGCACAUAAAGGACGGCACCAAAAGCCUAAAACAGAAAGGCUGGUUACUGUCUGCAGUCCCAAAGAAAGCCAGCUCAGUAUGGACCUUAAGGCACGACUAGGAGAACCAACAGAGGUGGCCACAGACCUCCCAGACAUUUCUUGUACAAUAGCAAAGUCCCAAUGUGAUCCUAGUACUGAGCUGAUGUUCUUUGAAGAUGGGAUCCUAGACCGGGAUGACGCAAAACAGCCAGAGCAGCAAAGCUAUGAGGACCUCUCUGAACCAGGCUUAGUAGAAGAGGAAAGCACAGGGGUGGGGCAAGAGCACCCAUCCCUGGAUAUUGACCACUCUCAGAGCUAUCGUAAACAGAUGGAGCAGAACCGGAAGCUCCGGCAGCAGCUGCAGUCUGACAAACCAGACAAACCUGGCAGCCCUAGAGGUACUGAUACAGAGGACUUUGAGCACCGGAGCCUGGUACAUGAAGUGGGCAAGCCUCCCCAGGAUGUUACAGAUGACUCCCCACCUAUCAAACGCAAGAAGCUAGAGACCUUUGACUGCGAUCUGACCACCAAGCCGGAACGUAACUACCGAAGUUCCCGGCAAUUGAGUGAGAAUUCUGAGCUUAAUAUUGCUUCCCCACUUGGGCUGAGGCACUUUUCCUACCAUGAGGAGGAGGGUGCUACUAAGGAAAUUAAAGAAUCACCAAAGAUUGAGGAAAAAGUCUACCCACACUUGGAACUCUUGAAGUACAGUUUAGACUCAGUCAGCAGGGCUCGGGUCACACACCAGGAGCUGGCAAAACUGAAAGCUGCAUCAUUGGGUUGUGAGGAUGAAUUGCAACAGCGCUGGCAAAGCCGAGCAAAGCAGGACCCACGGUUGCACGACAUGAGCUUCCCUAGCAAUGUCAUAAAACGUGAUGGCCUCCGCCAGCGUCUCUUGAAUGAUUUGGAGCCUGGAGAGGUGCAGUCUGACUCUGAAGAAGAUGGAGAGAGCAAGAAUCACUCCCCAAAGCCCUCCACUUCCCUCACCUACUUUCUCAGGGACCGGAGGUUUUCAGAUCUCAAACUGUCUACUUCCCUGGAAAGGAAUAAGUUUUACUCAUUUGCUCAAGAACAGACUAUAACACCAGAUACAAAGGCCUUGCUGGAGAGAGCCAAGUCACUAUCCUCCUCCCGUGAAGACAACUGGCCCAUCCUGAACAGAGACUCACACUUUGCCAGCUUCCGCAGCACCAAGGAUAAGGAGAAAGUGGAGGCUACACCACGGCCAAUUCCCCCCUGGUACAUGAAAAAGAAGAAGAUACGUACUGACUCAGAGGGCAAGUUGGAGGAUAAGAAAGAAGAGCCAAAACAAGAAGAACAUGAGCGACAGGAGCUAUUUGCCUCCCGCUUUCUUCACAGCUCUAUCUUUGAACAGGACUCAAGGCGCCUGCAGCACCUAGAACGAAAGGAUGAGGACAUUGAGUUGGGCUUUGGCCAGCAGUCUGGCAAGCUAGGAACAAUGGAAGGACAGCCUGGUCUAGAUGCUGGUGACCUACAGCAGGAACCAGUGGUACUCUUCCACAGCCGUUUCCUGGAGGUGAUAGGACAGCAACAACAGAAGGAGAGGGAACAACGGUUGCGGGAGUCAGAGAAAGCAAGCAGUGUGUAUGGGAAUGUUGCAGAGAAGCAUCAUGAUGGAGAACAGCCGCCACAGCAGCAAUUGUCUGGCAAUCCUAUUGCCGUACUUGAGCCUAUCUUGAAACCAGCCAGCCCUAUUCCUGUUGUUCCAGAUGUAAUUUCUCCCCCAGUGCCUGUAGAGGUUUCUCCUCCACAGGGAAAGUAUGCUGCCCAGACAGUGUCCCCAGAUCACUCAGACUUGCCAAUGAAGGAAGACCAUUUAGAGGCUGGGAAGGUCUCCCCAUCACCAUCUUUGCCUCAGGUGGAGGACAAGCCUCUUGCCUCUAUCUGCAUUACCCUACUUGAGCCCACAGCUACAGAAAUUAAAAUGGAACUAAAGGAGGAGGUGGCUGAAGUCAAGAUGCUAGCUGAAAAUGCUUUGAGUAUUGAGCACUCCGAUUUUGAUGUGAAGCCUCCCACUCCUGGAGCCUCAUUGACUAGUUCAGAACCUGAACCUGUGCUUGAACCUGACCCAGAGCCCCUUGAGUUUCAUUCUUCCGUCUCUCCUAAGGCCGAGGAUUCAAUUGCAAUUGUUAAGGAAGUGGAGGCCAUGACGGUAAAGGAAGAGGAAGUCCCACUAGCAAAAUUAAAACCCCAGGAUGUUGAGGGAACACAGCAACCUGAUUUCCCCCCUGGGGGAACCUGUGAUGAUAUAGUGGCGGUGCCAGUGAUACCAUCUAGGAAGCUCAAGAGCAAGAGAACAAAGCUGCCUCCUCCAGCACCACUGUCUGAUGUCCAAACAGCCAGUUCAGAAAAGCAGGCCACACGUAAGAGUGAGCGCAUUGACCGAGAGAAGUCGAAGAGGGUGUCAUCUCCUCGAGGAGACUCAAAGACUGUCUCGGAUUCUAAGGCAACAACUAAAUCGCCCAUCCAUGCCUCUGAAUCCGAGCAAAGCUCGGAACAGAGCUUGCCCCUCAGCAGGACACGUCGCCGGAAUGUCCGAUCAGUGUAUGCCACCCCAGUGGAGGACGAGACCCCUCAACCUAGCAAGGAUGUGGUGGAGUCACCCCGUUCUACACGAAAGCGUGGUGGGGACAAAGAGUCAACACAGCAGCAGCCCUCUCAGCAGGAUGGCUUAGCUGCCCCCACCACUACACGGAGGGGACGACCCCCUAAGACUCGUACUCGACGAGGAGAGGAUGCGUCUCCUGCGAAGGGGGAUCCUGCAAAACCAGUAGAAGCAGAGGAGAUGGACAGCAAAGAUGCAGGUAGUUGUGGAGAAGUAGUCAAGGUGGUAGAAGGCUGGCGUUCACCUCGCACGCAGAAAGUACAGUCAAGUCAAGGGUCACCACCUGCUGCUCAGAAUAAGAAAGGUGGUAAAGCAGAGAAAGCAUUUGAGAGUAUGAUGCCAUUGCAAGAUCAGGAGAUGGAGCAUGAGGGGGGCGAUGCCACUGCAACCCAGGAUCCAACCAUUAAGCCUAAAGACGACCCCCUGGAGGAAGAUGAGAAGCCAAAAGAGGAUGAUGCUAAGCAGCUUGGCAAUUUGACAUGUCAGAGGGAACCUGAGAAACAUGAGGAAACAAUGGAUUUGGCAGAGGGAAAAGUCAGUGAAGACAGAAUUGGUGAGAAAGUGACCGAAGUGGUAGAGCCUCCAUUGGAGAAGAGCGGGAAAGCAAAGGCACCAAGGUUGACACGCAACACCAAGCCUGCUGAAGAAGUCAAACCUCAUACCUUCUGUGCAGAUGAAGUGAAGGGUGCACUACACUCUGGUGAAGAAGAGUGUGAGCCUCAUGAGCCAGCUUUGAAGAAGACAAAGUCACCAAGCUCAUCAAUCAAAGAUGAGUCAUCUCCCAGUUUUGAAAAAGAGGUAACUGAGCUCAGCCCUGAUGUCAAGGAAGAACUGUCUGACACUGAGCCUCCUGCAGACCCAGCAGCCACUCUGCUGGCCCAGCAGAUGGAGCUGGAGCAGGCUGUGAAGAACAUUGCGAAAAUGACUGAGAAUCCCACCCUCCCACCUUACAAAGAAGCCCCCGUCGAGCCCCCUGUAUUGCCUCCAGUUGUAGAGGAACCACAGUGUGAAAUUGAGGAAGAAAAGCCAGCAAAUCCUGCAAGUGAGACAGAAUUAGCUGCUGCGAUCGACUCUAUCACAGCUGAAGAUAUUUCUGCUGAUGCUGAUAGCUUUGCUGCCUCCUCAACCUACACUUCCAUUAUUCCCCCUGCUGAGCCUGUGGUCCUGCCUUCUACCAGCGAGGUGAUGGAGCCAGAGACUCACCUGGCUAUCCGCAACAUCAUGGAUGUUGACACAGAGGUGCAGCCCCUAAGUCCUGAUUCCAAGACUGCAGAACCAGCUCCUAACAGCUCAUCUUUGAGCCAAGAGGUGUCUCCACCACCAGAUACUCCUAAAAAAGGAAGUAAAGUUAAACCAAAAGCUCAAAAGAAGUUGAGGACACGGAAGACAAGUGCCAGCAGGAAGGGGGAGACCUCUGAAGAGAGUGCGUCUGAACCUGAGCCUACCCCUGUAAAAAUGCCGGAGUCUAUUCCUGAAGAGAUACCAGUUCUAAAGCGCAAUGUAGCUGGCUCUUUAUCCGCCUCAUCUGCUGUUGCUUCUACUGCUUCCUGCAAGCAAGAAGUGGGGCAGGUGAUCGUGGGAUCUCUGGACACCCCUAAGGAAGCAGAGCAACCUCCUGUGGAGCAGCCUGAAUCUCAAGAAUCUGCCUUCCGUUUGGGAAACAAGAGCCCCUCUCCCCUUAGACUACAACAGCCACUCUCUGAACUAGCAGCCCCUCCUGUCCCAUUAUCCCCUGCUCGGCUGAGUACCAUAGGAUCAUUUUCUGGCAAAUCGGCCUCUCCAACUGAUUGGGUUAAUAGGUCAAAGGACAGUGGGACCCUCGCUUACCCUGUGUCACAAGCAAGCAUGCCUUCACCUCCUAUGGUGGCAGAAGCAGCCACUGCAGUGACGGCUCCUUCAGGAAACCCCCCCUUGCCCCCUGACACCAAAGCCUCUGAUGUUGAUCCCAAUUCUAGCACCUUGCGCAAGAUCCUCAUGGAGCCUCAAUAUGUAUCUGCCUCAGGCAUUAGCUCAGUGUCCAGCACACUGCUCACUACCUCCCUCGGUGACCCACGUAUGUCAGACAACAAGACUCAGUCUGACACAGUGAUUGCCAGGCCCUCUCCUCCAGAAGGCAGAUCAUUACCUGCAGCUCCUCAACCAGUUGUCCAGCAGCCACCGCUCCCUUCUCCUCCUGAGAUGCUACAAACCUUUGGUGAGAAGAUGGUGAACUCUGUCAUUGCCUCCACUGCUACUUCUGUUAUCAGCCGCAUCCCUGCACCCUUUGACUCAGAAGAGACACCCCGCAUCUCUUUGAGCAACCGCAAUACAGGCAUGCAGCUGCCAAAGCAGAAGUUCCGACCCAGUGGCAAUGAGACCAAUCGCUAUCAUGGGCUAGCUAUAGGCGAGGAGGGGGCUGGUGUGGUGCAUCCUGGGGUAGAGAGCACAGCUUAUAGCACUGGCUCCAGCCCAGGUCUCAGAGUUAAUACGUCUGAGGGUCCGGUAGUACUGAGUUGCUCGGGGCAGAAGACCGAGGGGCCCCAGCGAAUAAGAGCCAAAAUUGGCCAGAUCCCUCCAGCUAGUGCAGGUGACAUAGAGUUCCAGCAGUCUGUGUCAAAAUCCCAAGUUAAGCAGGAGCCACUGACCCCUUCCCAGCCACAUACCCCCAAAGGCUCCCAACCUCCUACAGGAUAUAGGCACCCUGGGGGAGUCCUUAGUCAGGCCUAUAACACACAGCCUGUCAUUUCCUCCAUCAAGCAGGAGAGCCCAGGUUCAGAUAAAACAGACCUACAGUACCACCCUGGACCUCAAGGGAAAAUGAACCAGCUGAGUGGUAGCAGUCCACAGGUCCUAGUCUACGGUCAGGCAAUGAUGCAACAGCAUGGAAAGAAAGCAAUCGCAACUGAGUCCUUACCAUUGAAAGGUGAUGGGAAUAAACCAUCCCAGCCCUCUAACCUGAGUCCUGGUUUGAGUCCUCACCACCCUUCCCUGGCAGGAAAUUAUGCCUGUUCCAGCCCCGGUGCCUCAAUUGACAGAUCUCUCCCUCACCCAAGUGGCAUAAAGCAAGAGCCACACUCCCCUCGGACAUCAAGCCACUCGCCUUCUCCAUUUACCAAAACAUGCCCUCCUAGCACCUCUGCUUCCCCUCUUGGGACAUCUGUGGUCCUGGGCCCUGGUAAGCCUUCUAUGUCCCAAUAUGCCUCCGGUGUGCAUCACCAGGAGCAGUCAGUCAUUAUGCCUCCUCACAGUGUCACCCAGACUGUUGCUAAGGGGCACCUCUCUCAAGGCGAGGUGCGGAUGAACACCUCUCCACUCUCUACAAUGGGUUAUGGGAUUCGUUCUGAGUCACUGGCCUCCCAUCGCCCUAGCCCUCAGCAGCGUUCCAGUACACCCCAGCCAGCUGGCAUGCGGGACAUAGUCCUGCCAUCACACCCUGGUUCUGCUGGAUCAGGUGGAAGCGCUAUUUCCGGGGAUGAUGAAGGCAGACAUUUUCACCAGCCCCUGUGCAGGCCUUCUGUACCAGAGGUAAUGGUGAUGCAACCAGACUACCGUGCACUACAUCACACUGGUUUGCGGAUGGACCAAUAUGGUCUCCCACCCAGGAUCCUUAUGCACCACCAGCUGGGUGAGCACCCAACUCCUGAGUCCCGACAGACUCGUACCCCGGAGGCUGCCCCUUUGUCGUCGUCCUCUAGUAGCAUCCCUUCAUCAUCCUCCUCCAAAACCCCACCAGUGGGGAAAGGUGUGCUGGGGAGAGACACCCCGAAAGCACUGGAAACUAAGAUGCCAUCCUCUCCUCAUGGUGAGAGCAGGAUAAUGGGUGUUCACCCUUCAGUGCCUGUCAUGGUGUCUCCUCAAGGGGUUCAGAUGAUGCAAACAGGGGCAGCAGGUUCCUUCUCUGAAUACUCAUCAGUGUACCGUGACAUGCGGGGCUUCCACCACCAGUUUCCAGGCCACUCCCCAUUAGGAAUGAACUUGGCUACUCGUAGCAUCACUCCCUCACAGGGUCUUCAGGAUGGAGAUCAUGGACACCGGAGCAAAACACCCUUGUCUUCAGGGGCUGCAGCAGAACGAGGUGAAGCCAAACCACCAGAAGGCAUGACUUCUUGUCAGCCCAGUUCGGUGGACCUGCCACACUUACCCCAGCUGGUGAAGGAGACAAGCUCACCCUCUUACGCGUCUCCCCCAAACAUGUCCCAUAAGCUUGAGCUCGGCACUUCAUUGGCAGGACAGAAGGUUUCACCCGCAUUCCUGUCCAGUUCGCUUCCCUCCUCCUCAGGGCCGUCCCCAGCCCGGAUCGAUGGCAAAGCGGAGCACGCUGGACAUCGGCCAGUUGACAUGGUGCAGCUUCUAAUGCAGAAGUAUCCCAUUGUAUGGCAAGGCCAUCUGGCGCUGAAGAACGACACUGCGGCUGUCCAGCUGCAUUUUGUCUGUGGCAACAAUGUCUUAGCACAUCGGUCACUGCCGCCGCCCGAGGGAGGCGCCUUGCUCCGCGUUGCACAGAGAAUGAGGCUGGAGGGGUCGCAGUUGGAGGGCGUGGCACGCAGGAUGACCGUGGACAGUGACUACUGCCUGUUGUUGGCUUUGCCUUGUGGGCGUGACCAGGAGGACGUUCUGAAUCAGACCCACGCCCUGAAAGGUGGAUUCAUCACCUACCUGCAGGCCAAGCUCGCUGCUGGCAUAAUCAACGUCCCCAACCCUGGUUCCAACCAGCCUGCCUACGUGUUGCAUAUUUUUCCACCGUGUGAAUUCUCGGAGAGCCACCUGUCUCGGCUGGCCCCCGAUCUCCUCAACAGCAUUUCCAGCAUCUCCCCCCACCUCAUGAUCGUCAUUGCCUCUGUCUGAGAUCUCCGAUGGACACCCCCACCGGAAGCACCCCAUUCAUUCCCACUCCUGCCUUCUGAGACGCGGAACUGAACAUUAAUCGGGAUGCGAAGAAACCAUUAUGUGUGUGUGUGUGUGUGUGUGUGUGUGUGUGUGUGUGUGUGUGUGUGUGUGUCUAUGUGUGGGGGGUGCCACAGUUGGAUGGGUUGUUUAUAUGAACAUUUACGAUCUCGCACUCAUUCACUAGUCUCAAACUUGCAGCCCUCCAUAUGUCUGUUCCCUGUGCAAACAGGGAAGGGUUAAACUAGACCUACAAUGGUCUGUUUUAUGAUUGUUUCUCUGAUGUAUUUUUACUUUUUUAGGGAGGUUUUUUUUUUUUUCUUUUUUUUUUUUAUUAUUUAGGGGGUUUUUUUGUGGGUGGGUGGGGUGGAUCUAACAGGGGCUUGGUGAUGAACACAAAUGAGGACAGUCAUACUUAGGUGGCCUUUUAUUUGUAACUUGUUUUCAAAAAUGAUUGUAAUUUAUCUUUUAAUUUUCUAACAAAGUGAACCUGAAAAAAUAAUUGCACUAUGUUGGGGACAGCAAAAAAAAACAAAAAAAAAACAAAUGGAAAAAAAAGAAAAAAAAGAACCAUGGACUAUAAAUGAGUCAAUGCGUGAGUAAUGUACAGCCUUUUCUCACCAACCUCAGUUGUACAAUGGAUGACUACAUUGGUUGUAAAAAUAUUUUCUGGGUCGAGGAGUGAAAAAAUCAUGUCAGCCUAAUUAAUAAUUGUUACUUCUACUGGUUCUGUCAUUCUACUUUCCCUUGUCCUGCCCGAUUCCGUAAGGACCCUGCAGGGCAAGUUUGAGCAGUUUAUACUUGAUGUUUCUGCAGCAGAUCACUCAUUUUUUGUGAAUGGUUUCCCCUCGUCUGUAUCAAUAGAUUUGAGUAUGCAGACCUCUGUAAAUAUUAUAAAUAUUUAAGAUGUAGACCUGAAACUUGGAAAACUUUACACACCUUAAACAGACUUGACUUGGCUGUGAGACAAUACAAUUGCAAGGUAAACGGGCACAUUGAGAUGUUCACAAAUAUUUGUAUUUUUUUUUUUUUUUAUCGUGCCAAAACAUCUUUCCGAGGAAAAAAAGAAUUGACAAAAGAAACUAAAAUGGUAUGUAAAAAAAUAUUUUCAUAUUCAACUUUUUGCCUGAUUUCUCACCCUUAUUGCAUCUUGCCUCACCUUGUAAUUAAUUUUCUUUACAUUUUGAGAGGUUUGAAGUUUCUUUAAGUUAAUUUAUGGAAAAUCAGAUUGUCUGAAGAAUAAGAAGAAAAAAAAAAAAGAAAAAAAAUCUUGCAGCUUCACUCCAUAUUACCCAGCCCUCGUCCCUGCCUCCUGCAUUUCUUUCUAUUUGAAAUCAAUGUGUUAACCGAAAUCUCAAAAAGGAAUGUCGUUAUAGUGACAGCUUUACCUCACUGUAGUGUGAGACCAUGACCUUGAAUAAUGUUGUAUAUAAUAUUUUUGGACAUCUUUGUUCAUUUGGAUUAUACAUUAUUUUAUUUUUUUGUCCAUAGUAGAAAAACGGACACGAAAGGCAGAAAAAACAACAACCAGGUGUAAUCUAAAACACAAAGCUAAUCUUGUUUCUCACUUUUGUGGUGUAAAUAUUUGUACAACUGCUGGUUGACAGCUCUCAUGGUCAUGUUGGAGGCACUUACAAUUUUGAUACACAAAUAACAAGUAACGGAAAGCAAAUAAGAAAAACUGUAAAAACCACCUUUUCUUUUUGAGCUGUCUUUCAUCCUGAUGUAUAAUUUUUAUGUGUUUGUUACUGUUCCUCUAUGAGGCAACUUUACGAUGUGUGUAAAAUAAAUUCAUGUUGAUUUACAUUAA